AUGACAAGUGGGGAAGAAAAGCCGAAAGAAAAUGUUGAGGAGCUACUAGAACAGGAUAUUCAAAGAGAAGUUGAAACUGGGUUUCUUGCCAACCUAAUAGGGUGGCCAGUUCUUUCCAUGGUUCUUGGAUUUUCAUUUUAUAAGCUUACCACUGAGAUAGUACCUUACCAGUUUAUAGAUGAGAUUUUCCAUGUUGAUCAAACAGUUCGUUAUAUUUCUGGGCGUUGGACCGAGUGGAAUCCAAAAAUUACGACCCCUCCUGGUCUAUAUAUUCUAGGGUGGUUCAACUAUAAAAUUAUGCACUUCUUUACUUCGUGGAGUACUUUGACUAUACUGAGAAUGGUUAAUUUAUUAGGAGGUGUUGUUGUGUGGCCUUGGGUAGUUCUUCGACCUCUUUUUCUCUUUAAUGCUAUUGGUUUUUGGCCCAUUACUCUGAUGUCCUUUCCACUUAUGGCAGCAUAUUAUUAUCUCUAUUAUACAGAUGUUUGGUCAACGAUACUCAUCGUGGAGUCUUUAACACUCGCAUUGACAUUACCCUUUGGGGAAACUGCUAGUAUUUGGCUAAGCGCACUGUGUGGGCUCGUAAGCUGUACAUUUAGACAGACCAAUAUUAUUUGGAACAUAUUUAUAAUGGUUUUGGUCGUUGAAAGAAGAGCUCUCAUUCAUAAGGACUUUAACAAUGUUAAUUUCAAUAACUACCUGAAAUUCACUAUCCAUGCAAUUGAAAACUUCCACACGUUGAUAUUGCCAUAUGCGUUGAAUAUGGUCGCCUUUGCUCUAUUUUUGCUAUUCAAUCGAUCCAUCACCCUGGGCGAUAAGGACAACCAUGUUGUCGGGCUACAUGGCGUCCAGUUUUUUUAUUGCCUUACUUUUAUGGCUGUUUUUAGUGCCCCAAUUUGGGUGUCAAGAUUAUUCCUCAAGUCAUAUCUUACCAGGAAUCUUGGAAAGCCAUUACGCUUUAUCUUUGAACUCCUGGGAAUAAUACUGGUUAUUCGGUAUUUUACGGUUAUUCAUCCAUUUCUUCUUGCGGACAACCGCCAUUUCACUUUUUAUCUGCUUAAAAAGAUUAUCACAAGAAACUUCUGUUUCAAAUAUUUAUUGAUGCCAGCAGUGUAUCAUUUUGCCACAUUCACAUACAUUGAAGUCGUGAGGCCAAGAGUAAUGCAUUUCCACCCAAUUCUACCUAUAGAAAUCAAGUCAGCGGUUGAUUUACCAAUUCAAUUAACACACAUAUCAUGGACAGUACUUAUCUUGUGCACUUUUAUGACGGUAGUACCUUCGCCUUUAUUUGAACCAAGAUAUUACAUACUUCCUUUUAUUUUUUGGAGAUUGUUUGUUUCUGCUUCGCCAGAAGCCUACAUUAGCAAAGAAGUGCCAACUAGGUUUAGUUGCACAAAGCGUUUGACAUUUGAGCUCAUCUGGUUCAUAAUUAUCAAUGCCUUCACUUUGUUCAUCUUCAUAAAAUAUCCAUUUGUUUGGACAACAGAGCAAUACUUACAACGUAUUACUUGGUAG